CUCAUGCAAUCUCUUUCUUUCAUUUGUUGAAUUGUUAGUGUAAACGUAUAUGCUUUUAAUACAACAUGUUUUUGAACAGUUAAAACUCUUUUUUUCCCUUCUCUCUCUCUGUGUGUAUGUACAGCGUACACAAACUUUAUUCAAGUUUCUCAAGGAGUUACUUACCUUUUUCAUUAUUUUUCUAACAUUUUUGAAAGCCAUUAAGGAACAAGAAUCAUUGAAACUCACUAUCACAAUGUUGCCUAAAUGGCCAAUGCUACUUUCUCUUUUAGCCAUUUUCAUCUUUUUCUCAUCCUUCACUCAUGGAGGGUCACAGUCUCAUUUUCAAUCACCACCUUUACCAGAUGAAUAUAGGGAGGAGAAGAAUGAAGAUAAUGUGGUAUUUUCAAGGCUAUUUGCUGAAGGUCCCAAUGUCGUUGUUGAGCCUCCAGUGCAGAGCUCAUCACUUCUAUUGGCUGCUAAGAGAACUUACAGAAAAGACCCUCUCAAUGGCUUUAACAGAUAUACUGGAGGAUGGAACAUCGAUGACCGCCAUUACUGGGCUUCUGUGGCAUUUACAGCAGCUCCCUUCUUUAUCACCGCGCUGAUCUGGUUUGUGAUCUUUGGACUUUGUUUAUUGCUCAUAUGUGUCUGUUCUCGUUGCUAUAAAAGAGAACCUUAUGGAUACUCUCCAAUGGCCUACGCUCUUUCCCUCAUAUUCCUUGUGCUUUUUACCAUUGCUGCAAUCAUUGGAUGCGUCAUUUUGUACACAGGCCAAGAGAAGUUCCACAGCAGUACAAUAAACACUUUAGAUUAUGUGGUGCACCAGGCAAAUGACACAGCUGAUAAUCUCAUGAAUGUGUCUGUUUAUCUAGCAGCUGCCAAACAGCUCUCAGUCGAUCGAAUUUUGAUCCCUGCUAAUGUCCAAACAGACAUUGAUUACGUCCAAACAAAGAUCACUUCUUCUGCUAGUACUCUUUCCACUAAAACUGCUGACAAUAAGGAUGACAUUGAACACCUGAUAGAAUCGGUGAGAGUGGCUCUGAUCAUUCUAUCUAUAGCAAUGCUUACUUUGACAUUUCUUGGACUAGUAUUCUCAAUAUUCGGCAUGCAGAUUUUUGUCUACAUCUUGGUUAUUUUUGGAUGGAUUCUCAUCACUGGGACACUGAUUUUGUGUGGCAUAUUUCUUGUUCUUCACAACGUGACUGCAGACACUUGUGUAGCAAUGGAUGAGUGGAUCCAAAACCCCACUGCUCGUACAGCUUUAGAUGACAUAUUGCCUUGUGUGGACUAUGCCACUGCACAAGAAACACUAACCAAAAGCAAGGAAGUGAGUUAUAACCUGUUUCUUAUCAUAAAAUGCACUGAUGUAAUUGAUCUUUAUAGCUAA